GACCCAGCUGCUGCCCUCACUCUGGGGUGAACACAGGGUCUUGUGUAGCCGGGGUGACUUCUCUCAGUCUGGUCCAAGUCCUGGGGGCUGGACUGGGAGACAAACACUUCAGGACCCCAGCAGCCCUCAAGAGGCUCCAUGAAGACACCAUGAUUUGGACUGAGGUAAAAGAAGCUUGGCUCUGGCUUCUUUUUUUGUUUUAGAAAUAAAUUUUUAUUGAGAACCUAUUAUACGCCAAACACUAUAAAGCAAGGAUACAUGCUGGCAUAACAACUUACAUUCUAGUGGGGGGUGUGGCAGAGAGACAAUCAAUAAGCCACAUGCUAACCAUGUUGGAUGUGACAAGUGCAUGAAGAGAAAAAGCAAGAGCAGGACAUGUGGGCCUGCAGUGCUGGAAGCUUUAAAUAGAAUAGGGAGAUUGGGGAAGACCUCAUUAAGUAGGAGUCUUUGUAGCAAAUACAAGGUAGAGAUACAGUUCUCUCCCAAUCCCAAGAUGUAGAAGGUUCCAAGUCUCUUGGGGGAGGUGGGCCACCCACACCCUGUGGGACAGUUAACUGUUACCUCACAGGUCAAAAUUUAUCAAAAUUUAGUGAAGUAAAAAGAACGGGAGAUUUGGAGCAAGAAAAACCUGAAUUUGUAGCUGUUCUCCACUGAUAAGUAGCCAUAUGUACCGGAGCAAGUGACUGAACAUUCUGGACCUGUUUCCUCAUGUGAAAAAUAGGAAUAUUUCCUACUUACAUGGUGGUGGUGAUGGAAAUCAAAUGGAUUGCUCCACGCCGAAGCACCUUGCAAGCCUUCGAACCCUGCACCCUCUACAAAUGUGCGAAUGUGCACUCGGAGCGACUUCCCCUUUGCUUCUCCAGUGUCUGAUCCAGCAGUACCAUCUCUCUCUAGCUCUGACUCUGGUCCUGACUCUGGCUCUGCUCUGGGCUCUCUCCCUUGGGUGGGACAUGAGCAGAUAAUCCACCUCAUCUGUGCGAGGGACGAACAAGAGGCUUGAAAGCUCAGAGGAGAAAAUGCCUGAGUGUCUGGGAGAUGGAGUGGGAAAAAUGUAACUGUGAGAAAAAGGAAGCAAUUAAGAGAUCAAUGCUGGGGCGGGGUGGGGUAGGGGAGCAGCUGAGCCACCAGGUUCUGUUCCUCCUCUCUGAGAGCACAGCAGGAGGGAUAGAAGGUAGAACUCUAGAAGGAUGCAACUAAGUCCAGCUGAUCUUGGAGUCAAGAAGGAGUGGAGUGGGAGAGACAUCAGCACUGGGGAGGGUGGAGGGAGGCCAACACCGGAGGUUUCUGCAUUCAGCAGGAGGGGAGACGUAUGGCACUCAAUAGGAACCAAUGUGAUGGGGCGGCUCCCACUGGGAGGACAGAGGGAGAUGUGAGGACUGGAGGAGAUGCAAGACUUGCCUCCCCGUCCUCAGGGGCCUGAGCCUGGUCGUCCUGGUGGGGGCAAGGGACAGAGAGGCACCCGCCUGAAGCAUCAAGCCUAUUCCAGACUGGCAGUCAAGCCUGAAGGUUUAAAGGCAAAGGAGCUGGUGGGUGACCAGGAGGGGAAAUAGGUCCAGGGUCCACACCUAUUGACUAGACCAGGCAUGGAAAUUCUGUAACAAACCAUACACAAGAUUCCUUAGAGUGCCCAGCUCGUGUGCUGUUAGAAAGUAGGCUGCUGGACAACUCCAGCUCACUGCUGGGUCUGCGGUGUGUGUGGAUGUGCGCAUGCAUGUGUGUGUGUGUCUGGGUGUGUGGCUGCAGUCUGCAUCCUCCCUCCUCCCCACCAGCCUCCCCCUCCCCUCCAGCCACCCUGGGAUUGGUGACUCUCAGUCCCUCCCCUUGGCUCCCCUAGACCUUCCCAGAGCCUUUAUCAGGGAGCUGGGACUGAGUUCCUGCCACCUUCCCAGAUCCCCUCCACUCUGCUUCUCUCCUCGCAGCGACACCGGUAGCACGAGAGCGUGUGGGGAGCAGGCAGUGCUGCCAGUCGGCUCCCUGAUCCUGCCAGACCGUCCAGCCCUGGGCACAGAGCUGCUCCACAGGCACCAUGAGGAGCACCCUGCUGUUCACAGCCAUCCUGGCCAUCAGCCUGGCUCAGAGCUUUGGGGCUGUCUGUGAGGAGUCGCAGGAGCAGGUGGUGUCCAGCGGGGGCCACAGCAAGAAGGAUUCGAAUCUCUACCAGCUGCCCCCGUCAUCCUUGCUCCGGAGACUCUAUGACAGCCGCUCAGUCUCUCUGGAGGGAUUGCUCAAAGUGCUGAGCAAGGCUAGCGUUGAUCCUAAGGAAUCGUCACUUCCCCAGAAACGUGACAUGCAUGACUUCUUUGUGGGACUUAUGGGCAAGAGGAACAUGCAGCCAGAUACUCCUGCUGAUGUGAAUCAAAAGAACAUUCCCAGCUUUGGCACCCUCAAGUAUUCCCCUGAUGCAGAAUGAGGUACUACAUCCAAUUCGCAGGGGAAGUGUUUGCCUCCCAGAUACCCUGCUCUUCUCCUCAGCUCCCCUGUGGGUGGUCAGUGGGAGUUUUACAGGGCAUGAGAUGUAAUUUCGGGGAUUUCUUGGUCCUCAGCACUUCACGUCUGGAUCCCUGGACUGCCUCAUGAAGACAUUGUUUCCCUGUCCCAACCCCCAGAUGCACGCUCUCCUAUUUCCCGUUCUCCUCCCCAUUAUUUUAACACUCUUGUGCUGUGACUCCUUCCCCAUCUCUUCUACCCCACCCUGGCAUAGAAACAGUGUGAUGAAUAUCCCCAAUCCCAGUGGACAUCGUCUAUAGACUCUGUAGAGUGUCUGUAGUGUCCUACAUUAAAAAUACAAUGUCUCUCUCUGCUCCUCAACAAUAAAGGAUUUUUACAUGAGU